AAACUCUUAAAUUAUAGAUUGACAUAUGCAAGAGGUGUAAGAAAGGGGAAGAGAAUACAAUCGUAGCAGAAAAAUGGAGAAGACUGCAAUGAAAUUGACUUUAUUUGUUGCUCUCCUGUUUUUCGUAGUUGGUAUGUAUCCGUUGGUUUUACUCACUCAGUUUUAGAGUUAUAUACAUAAUUUCUAGGGUUAAUACCACUGGAAAUACCAUCCUUUAGAGAAAGUGCCAUUUAUAUUACAUCGUUUUCGAAAUGCCAUUUGUAUAAUAAAAAGACUUCUCCGUUAGUUGGGCCGUUAAACAUAACUGUGCGAUUUUUCAACGCACAGUCAGCGCUUAAUAGGAUCCUACGUGUCGCUGACGUGGUUUAUUACUGGAAAAAAAAAGUAAAAAGUAAAAACUAAAAACGAACCGGAUCGGGCUCCCCUUUACUCUUUUCGUUCUCAACAUUUCCCCUCUCCCUCGACUGCGAAACACAGACGAAGAACCCUAGCUUCGCCUUCCCAAAAAAUUUCCCUAAAUCGGAGAGCUGGGCGGAAUCAAUCGGCGUGCGAGUAGAGGCGAAGACUUCAGAUCGUUGCUGGGAGUGAGAUCGGAGGAGCGGAGCGGUCGAAUCGCCGUCCAGAGCGAUGCCAAUCACCGCCGCCGUCGUCGUUUGGAAAGAAAGUGCAGGAAAGAACCGCCGCCGCCGCCGUCCGUCGAGCUUGGGGGAUAGAGGCCCGAUGUUGUAAAAGGAUAGGGUGAGUUGGGGUUAAAAAUAGGGGUUGGGGUUAAUAGAAUAAUAAAUAAUUAAUAAAUAAUAUUUUUUUAAAAAUUUAAGUAUUUUUUUUCAACGUGGCAUCUUCGUGUCGCAUACGUGGACACAAAGAGGGCCACCGUCAGGUCAACCGUCAGUUUUAACGGUCAACAUAAAUUCGGGUAACACAAAUGGCACAAACUCCUAAAAGAUUGGAAUAUUUUUGUGUUUAUUGAAAGCAUGUAGUAUAAAUGGCACUCUCUCUAAAGGAUGGUAUUUCCAGUGGUAUUAACCCUAAUUUCUAAUAUAUAUAUAUAUAUAUAUCAAUUAUAAGCUAAUAAGUUUUGCUUCAUUGAAGGUUUGGAGGUAAGAAUUGCGGAUGGACACAGUUGCGUUGUUGUACCGGAUUGCACCCAAUGGUGUUUCGACCAGGGGUGACAAAUUUGUACUUGCCUAAAACAUAGGUGUAUUUGUCCUGAAAAUAGUAAUGGUAAUAAUGUCACUUCUAAUGUGACACACCAAAUCACCGGUUCUGUGUCUCUGACAAAUCAUUAGAACUUUAUGGAAAUAACGUUGUAUUGUAAUGCUGGACUCUUCAAUGCAAUGAAUAAUUGAGUGAGCUAAAAGACAUACCAAUGUUAUGAUAGUUUUUUUUUUAUUUUAAUUUUAUACAUCAUUCGCGUCCCACAACAAAUCCGUCUCUCGCAAGUAUUAUUCAUUGCCUAGUUAGGAAGUAGGAACAACAAGUGCAACCAAAACAAUCCCUUCCAUCCAAUUUUUUGCAGGGUUGAAAAGAAAGUUGAGGCAAGUCGUUAUUGGAUUUUCAAUCCGACAAUUGGGCUUUCUUCUUCUAAUUUAAUCUUCGCCAAUAUUUGGUCAAUACGAAGUUGACGACCCAAUGAGACCCAACUCCUUUUGAAAAGGAAUGUCAUUUCUUGUGAGAAUCAUAAAUCAUUUUGGAAUUCAUUUGUGUAGUUUUUGUUUGGAGAAAAUCCUGAACUUUUAGAAAUGAUUUCUAAUUUUCACAUUUGGAAGAAGAUGGAAAUGAAUUCUUAAGUAUACUUUGACGAUAAUAUCCACUCAAUGAAUUAAAGGGUGAUGUAAAACCUAACCUAAGCAUUUUUAACAAGCUUACAAACAUGUAAAAAGUACAUAUAAAUAAGCAUAUGAAACAUGCCAAUAUAUGAAGGACGAGACAAAAAAAAAAGCCUUCACAAUAACAGAAUGAAGAGAAAACUAAACGCGAGCCAUGUGAAGAAGUUUAUUAUCAUAGUGGUACGGUGUGGGAAUUGAGCAUGAGAGAACGUUUGCACUCGCGGCAAUGCAUUAACAACAACCACGACGAUAGUCACUAAUACGUGUAUCGUAAAUUCGUAAUGGUUGAUUAUCUUGUCUCGCACUUAUCCAGCAGCUGAGAGCAUCUGAAACUUGGAAGAGAAAAGAAAGUUUUUAAUUAAGGCUAAUAACACCAGUAAAUUCGAACUAUUAAAAUUAUGUCAUUUGUGUCCUAAACUAUUUAAUAUGACAUAUGUGUCUCAAACUAUGAUAGUUGUGUGUCAUUUAUGUCCUGACGAUUUUUGUUGACCGUUAUAUAUAACGGUUGACCUGACGGUGGUCAACUUGAUUUUGACUUUUGCUGACGUGGCAAACACGCAACAACCACAUAAAUGUCAUGUCAUUGACACAUCAUAUUUUUAAUUCAAAUGAAAUAAAUACUACAAUUGAAAAAAAAACUAAAAACUAAUAAACUCACCCGUAUCUAAUCAUCCAAAAUUUUAGAACAAAAAAAAAACCAAAUUGGCGAGCUUCCCUCUCCCAUCUGUCUUCCCCGAAGAGACGGAGUCGCCGUCUGCUCCAAGUCGUCGCCGCCGACUAAGUCCCUGCCAAGCGGUGCGGCGUCUGCGAGACCAGGAAAUUGGCGAGCUUCCCUCUCCCCUCUAUCUUCCCCGAAGAGACGGAGUCGCCGCCGCCGACUAAGUCCCUGCAAAGCGGUGCGGCGUCUGCGUGAAAAAUGCCAGACUGUUCAGCUACGCCUUCGGCGACGCGCGGGGACUUUGUGGUGCGACGAACACCGGUCUGUGAUGGUUACAAUCCAUACAAGGAAGCAACAACUUUAUUUCCCCGACAAGAGUUCUUUCCCCUCCUCCACCAAAUAAUUGCAAGGAAUCGAAGGCUCCUCCGCCCAUCUGGUUUGAUUACGCUGACUCGUCCGCCUUCUUCGACAGUAGACGAGUUGAUGGCCGGCCACGAGAUGAAGCUCGGAGAUGUUGUAGCGUUCUAGGAUAAGUGGUUGAGAAAGAACCUGAUUGGAUCUGUUCGGCGGAGGGAAGGAGAACAGGGGAGUUUACAGAUAUUUUUUUAUUUUUUGUAAUUUUUCAUAGUUUAUUCUUUUAUAUGGAAAAUAAUUAUAAAUUCCACGUCAGAUGUCACAUCAGCAUUAACUAGACUUUCAGUUAAAAACUAACGGUCAACGCUGGUCAACUCUAACGGAAAAAUAGUUUAUGACACAUAUGUUAUAUUGGAUAAUCUAGAACACAAAUAACACAUUUUUAAUAGUUCCCGUUUCCUAAUGGUAUUAGCCUUUUUACUACAUAUUCGUUGGUGGGAAAGAAAGGGAGGAUUAUAUUGGUUGAGGGGGACAGAUUUUGGUGGGAGUGGCGAGUGGGGGGUGGAUUUAUAACUGAUCUAGAUUAGCAAUGUUUUCCAAAAUUUAUGUAGCCGUUUAAUGUUGUAUAUAUAAUGGCAACAUCUCAUAGAUUUCUUGAAUGGUCACUUAUCAUAACAAUCAUUAUAUUUUCCCUUUUGUCCUAACCACCAAAUUUGGUCCUAAAUUUUCUCUCUUUUUUUUCACCACUUCAUUUCCCUUUCAUGCUAAGCAACAAAACAAACCUCCAUAUGCCUCAUUUGAAAAUCCCCAUUUCUUUUCCGCGGUUGAAAAUUCCCAUAUCAUAUUAUUUUAUGGAACUAUAUAUUGUUGGAUAUUGCAUAUAUAAUUAUAUAUUGGAUUAGGAUAUAUGGGGUCUUUUGAUGAAGUAUUUGACUCACAACAUUUUAGUGAAAAGAGUUAUUUGGGCAGUGAGUUAUUUAAAAAAAAAUUCAAAACGAGCUAUUUAAAAUAACUCUCACCUUAUUUCGAAAUAACUCGUUUUAUCUCUCUAUUUUUGUCAAAUAUCACAUGUGUAUGGUUCUACUAAACGAGAUACUUAAAUCCAAUUAACACUAAAGUAACACAGAUAUACCACAUGAAUUGAGUUAUUUGACUAUACAAAUACCACAUUGAAAAUUAAUCGGUGCAAACCACCUGUUAGGAAUGGGAAGUGUGUACAAGUACAACUGAACUACAAGCAUACAAAAGGGGAUAUUUUCUAGGAUUCAGGGUCCAUAUAAAAGAAAGAAUAUCAAUAUCAAUUUUUUUUUAUAAUGUUGAUGUCAUUUUAUUCAUUAAUGGAAAAUACCAAAGGAAAGGAUAUUUGUUAUUAUCAUUAGAUAUUUAUUACCAUAAUAAAAAAGAAAAAGAAUAUAUUUUAUUUAAAGAAUAACCAUAUAAAAAGGAAAGAAUAAUGGUAAUUUUGAUCUCCUCUGAUCUUUAUCAUUAUAAAUUAUUACACCGGCGACAUUAAGAAUAGUUCAUCAAACACUAAAAUUAUAGAUUGACAUAAAACUUGCAAGAGGUGUAAGAAAUGGAGAAGUCUGCAAUGAAAAUGACUUUCUUUGUUGCUCUCUUGUUUUUUGUAACUGGUAUGUCUCUGUUGGUUUCACACUCAUAUUUUUAGAGUUAUAUACAGAAUUUCUAAUAUAUAUUUAUCAAUUAUAAGCUAAUAAGUGUGGUUUGAUUGAAGGUUCGGAGGUAACAACUGCGGAGGUACACAGAUGCGUUGUUGUACCAAAUUGCAUCAAUUGGUGUUUCGAUCAGGGGUGUCAAGUUUGUACUUGCUUAAAACAUCAAUGUAUUUGUCGUGAAAAUAUUAAGGAUAAUAAUAUCACUUCUAAUGUAACACACCAAAUUACUGGUUCUCUGUCACCGACGAACCAGUAGAACUUUAUGGAAAUAACGUAGUAAUGUGAUGAUGGACUCUUUUUUUUUAUCCAAGAUAAGCCCCCAGGGCAUGGCCAGUCAACAAAAUUACAAGAAAGACACUAAAAAAGAACGGUAGUCCGUAUGCAACCGGACUCCCGAUAAAAGAGCCUGUUUUGCCAAGAGGUGGGCAGCUCUGUUGAAGCUCCGAGGAGCAAAAAGACACGAGACAGAUAGGCAGGAGGCAAGGAGAGAGUGAACUUCCUCUAAAUUUGCUUCCGCUCUUGAAUGUGAAGCCUUCUUUGAUGUCACAUCCUUGAUGACCAAUUGAGAGUCCCCCACAAAAGACAACAGUCAAGAAAUUGUGGGUAAGACACCAUUUCAUAGCAUCACGAAUAGCAAGUAAUUAUGAUAUUUAGGCAUCUGAGAUGCCCUGAUAGAAUUUACCAACUGCAAAUGUGAUAUUUCCAUCACCUGAAAAGCCGACGAAGCCGGUUGCACAUCCUUGAGGGAUUUUUGUUGCCCCGUCAAAUCGAACCAGGAUACCUUCACUAGGGAAAGAAACAUAUGUUCUCCUUGAAUGAGGACCUUGGCCUCUGGAAGAGUGGGGCAUUGACCUACGGACUUCUUCGGAUCUCUGAAUAAUGGAGUGAGCAAUAAUGGAGUGAUAAUUUGUUGUUUUAAUUUUAUGCCCAAAACAAAUUGUUCUCUCCCAAGUAUUAUCCAUUGCCUAGUUAGGAAAUAGGAACAACAAGCUCAACCAAAACUGGAUGUCUUCUUCUUCUAAAUUCUUUCUUUUGACUCCGUUUAGACGAACCAAUAUAUUACAAAAAUAAAAUGAGAAAUCAAUAAUAAAUUAUUAAAAAAACAAUAACUUAAAAAACACCAAUUCCGGUUCAGAAAACUAAUACCACUACAAAAAUAAAUCAAGAAAUCAAUAUCAAAUAAAAAAUACCACUUUAACCUUCACAAAACACUACCACACCAUACCACUACCUUAAAAUAUGCAGAAAUACUACCAUACACGUAACCAAGGAAGUCAAAAUCGGGAUUUUGGUCGUAAAAUCGUAGGAUUUUACUUCGGUAUUUGGAUCUUGAUUUUACUAUAUAAUCGAUGGACCUUAAAAUUGUUUAAAAUCAAGAAUAAAAUCGUUAAAAGUAU